GGGAAACAUUCGACAAUUUUCUUCAACACCGAUUUCCACACACGUGAAGGCGAACCAGAGAGCGAACACACCCAUCAACACCCCACCAGCCGCAGUCAAAGCACACCAAAGCAGACAGACAGACAGCCGGUCAUGAGUGAUCCCACGAAGAUGGACGACGUUGACACGUUUGCGUUUGACCCUUCCAUGAAGAAGAAGCGCAAAAAGAAGAAGCUUGUUUCCCUCGAAGACAAAGACCUGAACGCAGCGUCCAGCACAGAUGCGGCGGUGACAGAGACGCCCAAGGAGGCCGCCCCUGCUGCUGAGGAGGAGCAGGCCGCCGCAUCCGAGCAGGCGCCACCGAAGAAGACAGUUGUCAAGGAUGUUACCAUGAAGCCCUCCGAUUUGGAGGACAUCUCCGGGGACAAGUACGUGCAGCUCCUGUCCACGGGCGAUAUCGACUGGUCAAAGUUCCUCAAGAACAAGCGCAAGGCAGACGACAUUGCAGACGAGCUUGGGGCGCUCAGCUUUGACAUGUCUCGCAAGAAGAAGAAGAAGACGAGCAAGAAGUUGACACUGAAGGAAGUCGGCACAGCAGAGCAGGACAUGGACGAGGGCGACAUCAAGCACACAUACGAGGAGCUGUUGGACAACGUGUUCUCCAUCAUGCGCGCCAAGAACCCCGAGCUCGCUGGCGGCGAGAAGAAGCAGUUUGUUAUUGCGCCACCAAACGUCGUCCGCCUUGGCGUCAAGCGCACAGGCUUCACAAACUUUGUCGACAUUUGCAAAAUGUGUGUAUGUCGUUGCGUGUUUCGCAUGUUUAUGUGA